AUGCCAGGGAACAAUUAUAACUGCACUCCUUUAACACCAAGAUCUAGAUUGGAAAGGCUUUUGAGGGAAAGAGAGCUAAGGAAAUCCUCAAGGAAUUCUCAACCGACCGAUGAGGCAAGAGAUGGCAACAAAGAGGCAGAACAGUUUUAUAGUGAUUCAUUCAUAAGUGAGAAUGAAAUUUCGGGUACUAAUAAUGAGGAAGAGGUCUCGGAAGUUCUUACAGAUAGAAGUCAAAGGCAAGAUGAGCGGCCAUACAAACAACGUUUGUUGGUGGUAGCAAACAGGUUGCCUGUCUCUGCUGUUAGGGAGGGUGUGGACUCAUAUCACCUUGAGAUCAGUGUAGGCGGGCUAGUCAGUGCACUUUUAGGUGUAAAGGAGUUUGACACCAGAUGGAUUGGGUGGGCUGGCGUGAAUGUGCCUGAUGAUAUUGGGCAGAAAGCAUUGACUAAAGCUUUAGCUGAAAUGCGAUGUAUCCCAGUGUUUCUUGAUGAGGAGAUAGUUAAUCAGUACUAUAAUGGUUACUGCAACAACAUCUUAUGGCCUCUAUUUCAUUACCUGGGGCUUCCGCAAGAAGACCGACUUGCUACCACCCGUAGUUUCCAAUCACAGUUCGAUGCAUAUAAGAAGGCAAACCAAAUGUUUGCUGAUGUUGUGAAUAAGCAUUAUGAGGAAGGAGAUGUUGUUUGGUGCCAUGAUUACCACCUGAUGUUCCUUCCAAAAUGUUUAAAAGAGUACAAUGACAAAAUGAAAGUUGGCUGGUUUCUCCAUACACCUUUUCCUUCCUCAGAAAUACAUAGGACUCUGCCAUCCAGAUCAGAGCUGUUGAGAUCUGUACUUGCUGCUGACUUGGUGGGAUUCCAUACAUACGAUUAUGCUAGGCAUUUUGUUAGUGCUUGUACUCGUAUUCUUGGGCUGGAGGGUACACCUGAAGGAGUGGAAGAUCAAGGGAGGCUAACCCGUGUGGCUGCGUUUCCUAUUGGGAUUGACUCUGAGAGAUUUAUUCGAGCCCUUGAACUCCCUGAAGUCCAGGAGCACAUGAAAGAACUGAAAGAAAGAUUUGCAGGCCGAAAGGUAAUGUUGGGUGUUGAUCGUCUUGAUAUGAUAAAAGGAAUUCCCCAGAAAAUCUUGGCAUUUGAGAAGUUCCUCGAGGAGAAUUCACACUGGCGUGAUAAAGUUGUCUUGCUGCAAAUUGCUGUACCUACUAGGACAGAUGUUCCUGAAUAUCAAAAGCUUACGAGCCAAGUGCAUGAGAUUGUAGGACGCAUCAAUGGAAGAUUUGGAACACUUACUGCUGUCCCAAUACACCAUCUGGACCGGUCACUUGACUUUCAAGCAUUAUGUGCACUCUAUGCUGUCACUGAUGUAGCACUUGUUACAUCUUUAAGGGAUGGAAUGAAUCUUGUCAGCUAUGAAUUUGUUGCAUGUCAAGCUUCCAAGAAAGGGGUUCUCAUUUUAAGUGAGUUUGCAGGUGCAGCACAGUCUCUUGGUGCUGGUGCAAUCUUGGUAAACCCAUGGAACAUCACAGAGGUUGCUGCUUCUAUCGGUUAUGCUUUAGAUAUGCCAGCGGAUGAAAGAGAAAAACGGCAUCAGGUUAAUUUCAAGCAUGUGACAACUCACACGUCACAAGAAUGGGCUGCAACUUUUGUGAGUGAACUGAAUGAUACCAUUGUUGAAGCUCAGCUUCGGACAAGACAAGUUCCUCCAUUACUUCCCAACAAAGUGGCAGUUGAUUGUUACUCAAAAUCCAAUAACCGAUUAAUUAUACUGGGUUUCAAUGCCACUUUGACUGAACCAGUGGAUGCCCUUGGAAGGGGUGGUCAAAUUAAAGAACUGGAACUUACAUUGCACCCAAAUUUGAAGGAACCUUUAAAGAAGUUAUCUGAUGAUCCGAAGACAACAAUAGUUGUUCUGAGUGGAAGUGAUCGAGCUGUCCUGGACAAUAACUUCAGUGAAUACAAUAUGUGGUUGGCAGCAGAAAAUGGGAUGUUUUUGCGACUUACUUCAGGUGAAUGGAUGACAACCUUGCCUGAAAAUUUAAACAUGGAUUGGGUCGAUAGUGUAAAGCAUGUUUUUGAGUAUUUUACUGAAAGAACACCACGGUCUCAUUUUGAGCUUCGUGAAACUUCAGUUAUAUGGAAUUACAAGUAUGCAGAUGUUGAGUUUGGAAGGCUUCAAGCAAGAGAUCUGCUUCAGCAUCUUUGGACAGGGCCAAUAUCAAAUGCAUCUCUUGAUGUUGUCCAAGGUGGUCGAUCUGUUGAGGUCCGGGCAGUUGGUGUGUCGAAGGGAGCAGCUAUUGAUCGUAUCCUGGGAGAGAUAGUUCAUAACAAAGGCAUGAAGGCACCAAUUGAUUAUGUCCUAUGCAUUGGACACUUUCUAGCAAAGGAUGAAGAUGUCUACAAAUUUUUCGAGCCAGAGCUUCCUUCUGAAUCAUCUUCAAUAGCAAGAGCUAUGCUAUCCAAUUCUUACAGGCCAUCAUCUCUGCCAAAAUUUUCAGCCAACAAAAGUGGGUCUAAGGCAUCUCGUUAUAAGAAGCAACAUUCAUUGUCAAAUAUAGAAAAGAGUCAAAUUGAUUAUGCAAGCGGUGAUGCUUGGAGACCAACAUAUCGCGAUCGAAUAUCACUACAUGAAGGUUCUUCAGUGCUAGAUCUUAAAGGUGAUAACUACUUCUCUUGUGCUGUUGCACGAAAGAGAUCAAGUGCACGCUAUCUUCUUAAAACCUCACAUGAUGUUGUCAAUCUUUUAAGUGACCUAGCGGAUCAUUCUUCAUCACCAUCAACUUGA